AUGCCAGCUCUAGACCGCCGGCCAAGUUGCAGCCGUGUACUCGCUGACGUGGAAAUGGCGGCGCUGGAGGGCAAACUGGCUCUUCUCGAGUCGCAGCGGCAGCUCAGCGCCGUCAAGUGUCGCAUCUUCGUCGACAUGAUGGAAUCAACUAUGCAGUGCGCCGAGGAGACUACUAUCGAGAAAUACGCAGCGUAUACUGAGAAGGACAUCGAUUUGAGCUUUGAGGUGCCCGCAUACGAACCCUACAGUAAGAGGGACAACGGGCUGGCACGAACUCUAUCAUCAUCAGGCGCGAAGCAGCACGCGCCGUGCGAAAGAUUGCGCGCGACGAACACAGCUCGCAACAGUAAUAGCAGCACCGGCGGCGGCGGCGGUAGCAGUGGUGACGGGCGGAGGGCGUACGAGCCUUUCGCGCCGCCGAGAGUCGACAGCGCGUAUCGCCGGAGGUCCAUCGACGUGCCGUCGGUGUCAUCAGCAUCGGCGCGCUGCGCGUCGUGGCGGGUAGAUAUGAUCUUCUACACCCCCAGUGCAAGUGGCACCGGAAGCCCCGCCCGCCCUCUUUCCCGCCGCCGCAGCGGCUCUUUCCGCGCGCCUGGUCACCCCCGCGGGACUCCGGACGCCGCCUGCGCCGAGCCGCUGCCCCGCGAUGUGACCGAAUUGCCUCGUGGCGGCGGCGAGACCCGACGCGCAGCUACUGCGGGGCGGCGAUCAUUUCAAACGACUCGGGAGCUGCGAUACGGGCAGGGGCACGAGGAUCGCUGCGCCGCAGAGCUGCGCGGUGUGCGUUGGCCUGCCAGUCAACUCAGUCAUGCGAGUCAACCGGAUUUGCGCAGCUCUUCCCGCUCAUCGUCCCCUGCUUCCGCAUCGUCCGCUUCCCCCUCCAGCCCCGUAGCUUCUGCCCGCCUGCGCUCUCCCUGGACCAAUGCCGCGGGUCCCUUCGACCAACUUGCGCCCGUUCCCGCUCCACCUGAUGUCCCGCUGUCCGCCCUAGAGCCAAUCCAAAAUGGGCCGUGCGCCAAAGAAGAAACGAGCAAGUCGCGGGGAGGCUCCUGGCGCCGGCGCGCGCAACCGAAAGCGGAGCAGCGCGCGGAUAAAGCAGUCGAGGUGUCGACUGCGCAGGAAGGGAAGCCGUCAGCGCACCGCGACAGACGCCGAAUGAGUCUGGGAGGAUUCGCGAGCAGUCUGUUGGGUGAUUUGCGGUACAGAUAG